UGACCCUACAUCUCCACAAAUUCUUUCAGGGCACUGCCGUGAAGGAGGACAGAAGAGGCUGCAGCUGAGAGGCGAUCUGCCCUUUCUGGUCACCAAGGGUUUCAGAUCUCCUCCCCUAGCCUCUCCCAGUCUUUUGUACUUUCUGUGCUAAUCCAUCCAGUGCAGCAUACACUGACAGAGGCAGGAGCUGGAGAGCCUGCUCUGAAAACCUCUGAAUGCUGCUGGACCAGCCGCAGGCAUGAACUUGAAAACUGUGCUCAUCAUCCUUGGUCUGGCGUUAGCCACGAUCUUCACCUUGGUCUGUGUGUUGCUGACCAGAGAAAGGACCCCCAGAAGCUGCCAGCACCUGCCCCCAGAGCAGGAGAACACUGAGGAUGGCCAGAGCCUGGUGUUUGCUGACCUGACACCUGAGGAGAUGUCCCAGGUGGUGGGGUACCUGCAGGGACACCUCGGGGUGCCGCUGGUGGACGCCUCCCGUGCCAAACCCUCGGACAACUGCAUCGCCUCCGUGGAUCUGCAGGUCCCCGGCAAGGCAGAGGUGCUGCGGUUCCUGGACGGCGGGGGGGCUCGUCCCCCCCGGGAGGCUCUGGCUGUGCUGUACUUUGGGAAGCAGCCAGAGCCCAACAUCACCGAGUACGUGGUGGGGCCGCUGCCGAGGCCAGCGUACCACCGAGACGUGACGGUGCAGAAGUACGGGGGGAAGGUGCCCUACCACCGCAGACCAACGCUGGCUGUUGAAUACAAGCAGAUCGGAGGUUUUCUGAAGAGCCAAGUGUUCCCCUCAGCUCCAGCUUUCAUGCAACAAGUUAUGGAGUAUGAUGGAACCAAUCUUGCAGUUGUGACAGCUGCUCCCCGUGGAUUCCAGUCUGGAGAUCGUGUCACCUGGUUUGUCCUGUUUCAGAACGUGAGUGGGUUCUUUGUGCACCCGGUGGGGCUGGAGGUGCUGGUGGACCACAGCAGCCUGGACAUCUCGCAGUGGGCGGUGAGCAGGGUGUUCUACAACGGGCAGUACUACAGGGACAUGGUGCAGCUGGAGAGCGCCUACGUGCAGGGUCGGAUCAGCGUGGAGAAGGGCUGGAGCUUUGCCUUUGGGAUGAGCGUGAGCACAGGCCUGCGGCUGUUUGACAUCCGACACAAGGGGGAGAGGGUUGCCUAUGAGAUCGGCGUGCAGGAGGCGCUGUCCGUGUACGGCUCCAACUGCCCGGGAGGGAUGUCCACGCGCUACAUGGACGGCAGCUUUGGCCUGGGGCGCUACACCUCCCCCCUGGUGCGAGGGCUGGACUGCCCCUACCUGGCCACCUACGUGGACACACACGCUCUGUCUGACAGCCUGAGGCCCGAGAAGAGGAAGGCUUCGCUCUGCAUCUUUGAGCAGAACCUGGGCUCCCCUCUGAGGCGCCACUACUCCAACUUGCAGUCGCUCUACUACGGGGGGCUGGUCAACUCCGCUCUGGUCAUUCGGUCCAUUGCCACCGUGGGCAACUACGACUACGUGUGGGACUUCAUCUUCUACCAGAACGGGGCCCUGGAGGGCAAGGUGCAGGCCACGGGGUACCCAAGCUCAUCCUUUCUCCAUGGGGAUGGCCUGAGAUACGGCAAUAGGCUUUGGGAGCACACCCUGGGUACGAUACACACCCAUUUUGUCAACUAUAAGGUGGACUUGGACGUGGGAGGUAGGUCUGGAUCUCCUUUUAACGUCUGCCAUUGUUCGGAUAAGCCCCAGAGCUUUGAGGUUUGCCUCCUUGUCCUUACAGUCCCUAAUAACUGACAUCCCAACUCUGCUUCUUUAUUCUCCUAACCUCUUCUUUCAUUGCAAAAUUAUUUUUCGCUAUAUAAAACAGUCUGUCAAGGUCAUAGAGUGGAAGGCAGUGGGAAUUUCUGGGAGUUCUGUGUUCAGCUCAGGGAAAGUAUGAAAGGUAGCAGCUGAAAAAUGUUUGUGUUUCCUUGAGGCCUCACGUCUGGCAUGGUGUGUGUUGCUAUAGGCAUGGGCGGGCAGACAGGGAGUUGGCCCUGUCUGAGCACAGACAGAGUGAGCCUGCUUUUGCAGGGCCUGGUCCUGCUCCUGGCACUCCUUCUCCCUUGGGAAAAUCCUCCUAGUGUCUCACUGCCCCAUGUAAAGAAGGGCAGCUGUCCUGGUGCUCCGUGGGGCUGGGCUCCUGCAGAUCUCUCCCCUUUUUCUCUUGGGGACACACUUGGGCAUUGGAUCCUGAGUUGAGAAGCCGCUACAGUGACCCAGCGAGUUCCUGUAGUGAAGUCACAGUCUGGCACUGGAUGUCUGCAGAGCGUUAUUGGAGCCCAGGAGCAGCCCCCUGCUCACCGUGAAGUGCUGGCAGCCACCCUGGAAGUGCAGGGAUGCUCAGCCUCAGGGGCACCUCUGAGUCCCCCGGAAGGCGAUGGCAGCACCUGCAGUCUGGGGACAGUGGGGCCACACACGGUGCCUGUUAUUGAAAACUGCCUCUAUAAAACGCAGAGGGAAAAUGUUUUACAUCUGCACGGGACCAAAGAGGUCGCUGGAGGGCAGUGGCUACGUCUGAACCAGCCCAAAGAAAAACACAGCCCCAGGGAUCCCGGCUGCCUCCUGGACUGUGGAAAGUAACUUCAGGGCUAUGUUGGUCAAGCUGCAGCUAACCCCAGAGCAAGAAUUUGGUCCCAGCAUGUGUCCUCCUGUGAUACAGGGGUUUGUGUGGCCUUGAAAGGUUGCUGCUGCUGUUGUUACGGUCAAAAUCAGGGCUGAUGCUGGUUCCCUCCUGCAAGCAAGGCUCGAGAAUGUGCUAAAAUACAGUUCCUGUUUGGGGCAAGGCCCCUUUCUGUGACUUCAGUGUCCCUCUGCUUACAGAUCCUGAGCCCUGGCUGCUGUAAAGCACUCUGGAGCAGAGCUGUGUAAAUCUCAGCCUUGUUCCCUGCGGUGACAGGGGAGCCGUGCUCAGGCAGGAGGGCUCGGGGCCGUGCAGGGAGC